CAAGUUGGUGUUGCCUAGAGGAAAAGGACAUGUAGAGGCAGCUCUCCGGGAGAUCCACCCAAGUUUUGCAAAAAAAAAAAAGGCACCUCCUUCACCACAAUGUCUAAGACCUUCCAAGUUCAGGAAGAAAGUAUCAGCUCUCCCACUGACAACCUGGUGCAAUGUACCCAGUAGGGCCAGUGUGAGUGAACUGGAGGCUUCUCUACAACAUGACCCAUAGGGACAAUGUGGGUCCCCUUGGCAGCCUGAAGUUUGUGACCCUCCUGGUGGCCCUAAUUCCAGAAUUCCUAUUCCUGGGAGCCGGAGUGCAGCUUCAAGACAAUGGGUACGAUGGGUUACUCGUUGCAAUCAACCCUCAGGUAUCCGAAGAUCAGAACCUCAUCGCAAAUAUUAAGGAAAUGAUAACUGAAGCUUCUUUUUACCUAUUCAAUGCUACCAAGAGAAGAGUGUUUUUCAGAAAUAUAAAGAUUUUAAUACCUGCCACAUGGAAAGCUAAUAAUUACAGCAAAGUAAAACAAGAAUUAUAUGAAAAGGCAAAUGUCAUAGUGACUGACUGGUAUGGGGUCCAUGGAGAUGACCCAUACACACUACAAUACAGAGGGUGUGGAAAAGAGGGAAAAUACAUUCAUUUCACAUCUAACUUUCUCGUAAAUGAUGACUUAACAGCUGGCUAUGGACCACGAGGUAGAGUAUUUGUCCAUGAAUGGGCCCAUCUCCGUUGGGGUGUGUUCGACGAAUACAAUGAUGAGAAACCUUUCUACAUAAAUGGGCAAAACCAAAUUAAAGUAACAAGGUGUUCAUCUGACAUCACAGGCAUUUUUGUAUGUGAAAAAGGCCCUUGCCCUCAAGAAAACUGUAUUAUUAGUAAACUUUUCAAAGAAGGAUGUAUGUUUAUAUACAAUAGCACCCAAAAUGCAACUGCAUCAAUAAUGUUCAUGCAAAGUUUAUCUUCUGUGGUUGAAUUCUGUAAUGCACGUACCCACAACCAAGAAGCUCCAAACCUACAGAACCAAAUGUGCAGCCUCAGAAGUGCAUGGGAUGUAAUCGCAGACUCUGCUGACUUUAAUCAUAGCUGUCCCAUGAAUGAGACUGAGUUUCCACCUCCUCCCGUGUUCUCCCUUAUUCAGGCUGGCGACAAAGUGGUGUGUUUAGUCCUGGAUGUGUCCAGUAAGAUGGCAGAGGCUGACAGACUCCUUCGACUGCAACAAGCAGCAGAAUUUUACUUGAUGCAGAUUGUUGAAAUUCAUACCUUUGUGGGCAUCAUCAGUUUCAACAGCAAAGGGGAGAUCAGAGCCCAACUACACCAAAUUAACAGUGAUGAUGACCGAAAGCUGUUGGUUUCACAUCUGCCUAUGACUGUGUCAGCGGAAGCAGAAACCAGCAUUUGCUCAGGGCUUAAGAAGGGAUUCGAGGUGGUUGAAAAACUGAAUGGAAAAGCCUAUGGCUCUGUGAUGAUAUUAGUGACUAGUGGAAAUGAUGAGCAUGUUGGCAACUGCUUACUCACCGUGCUCAGCAGUGGUUCAACCAUUCAUUCCAUUGCCCUGGGUUCAUCCGUGGUCAAAAAUCUGGAGGAAUUAUCACGUCAUACAGGAGGUUUAAAGUUCUUUGUUCCAGAUAAAUCAAAUUCCAACAGCAUGAUUGAUGCUUUCAGUAGAAUUUCCUCUGGAACCGGAGACAUUUUUCAACAACGUAUUCAGCUUGAAAGUGCAGGUGAAAAUGUUAAACCUCACCAUCAACUGAAAAACACUGUGACCCUGGAUAACAGUGUGGGCAAUGACACUACCUUUCUAGUCACAUGGCAGACCAGUGGUCCCCCUGAGAUUGCAUUAUUUGAUCCUAAUGGAAGAAAAUACUAUGCAAAUAAUUUUACCACCAAUCCAGCUUUGCAGACUGCUCGCCUCUGUGUUCCAGGAACUGCUAAGCCUGGGCUCUGGACCUACACACUGAACAAUACCCACCAUUCUCUUCAAGCCCUGAAAGUGACAGUGACCUCUCGUGCCUCCAGCUCAGCCAUGCCCCCUGCUACUGUGGAAGCCUUUGUGGAAAGAGAUAGCACCCGUUUUCCCCAGCCUGUGAUGAUUUAUGCAAAUGUGAGAAAAGGGAUUUAUCCCAUUCUUAAUGCCACUGUUACUGCUACAAUUGAGCCAGAGGCUGCCGAUCCUGUUGCACUGGACCUUUUUGACAAUGGAGCAGGUGCUGAUAUUAUAAAAAAUGAUGGAAUUUACUCGAGGUAUUUUUUCUCCUUUGCUGUAAAUGGCAGAUAUAGCUUGAAAGUGCAUGUCAGUCACUCCCCCAGCAUAAGCGGCCUAGCCUACUCUAUUCCAGGGAGUCGUGCUAUGUAUGUACCAGGUUACAUAGCGAACGGCAACAUUCAGAUGAAUGCCCCAAGAAAAUCCGCGGGCAGGAGUGAGGAGGAGCCAAAGUGGGGCUUUAGCCGAGUAAGUUCAGGAGGCUCCUUUUCCGUGCUAGGAGUUCCAGCUGGCCCCCAUCCUGACGUGUUUCCACCAUGCAAAAUUACUGACCUGCACGCUGUCGAAGUGGAAGAGGAGGUGACUUUAUCUUGGACAGCACCUGGAGAAGACUAUGAUCAAGGCCAUGCUAACAGCUAUGAAAUAAGAAUCAGUAAAAGUUUACAGAAUAUUCAAGAUGACUUUAACAAUGCCAUUUUAGUGAAUGCAUCAAAGCUAAAUCCUCAGCAAGCUGGCACCAAGGAGGUAUUUACAUUCUCACCAAGGCUUUUCACAAAUGGACCUGACCACCAACCUGAUGGAGAGACACAAGAAAGCCACAGAAUUUAUGUGGCAAUACGAGCAAUAGAUAGGAACUCCUUAAAGUCUGCUGUAUCUAACAUUGCCCAAGCAUCUCUGUUUAUUCCCCCAAAUUCUGCUCUUAUACUUGACAGAGACAAUCUUAUAUUGAAAGGAGUUUUGACAGCAGUGGGUUUGAUAGGAAUCAUUUGCCUCACUAUAGUUGUAACACACUGUAUUUUAAACAGGAAAAAGAGAGCAGACAAGAAAAAGAAUGGGACAAAAUUAAUAUGAACAAAUGUACAGGGUACCUUCCUACUUAGAUAUAAGAUCCAUGGCCUUUACACUUUACAAAAACAUACCAAUAAAGUCAAAUUAACAUCAGAACUAUUAAAAAUGCUUUGAGUUUUUGUAUAAUACAGAUCAGAUUUUUACAUGGUAAACAGACAAAAAAAUCUUUUAUAAUACUCAUUUUUGGAAGGAAGUUAGGAAACCCUUAAGCUUUGGUUAUGGACAAAAUAAUAAAAAUUAUUCUCCAAGAUAAUUUCUUUAAAAGCAAAGCAAGGGCAAGGGUGAACCAGAGUCAAGAAAAGCUUGUUUUACUGUAGAGGAAAAAUAGCCCCAGGUAGAGGAAAGGAGAUUGGUAUAACUGUCUAUAUGAAGCAACUGCUUAGUUACUUUGAUUAAUUUUUAUUUCCCCUUAUCUUUUCAGAAUAGGUUGCUUUCUUAUGACUAAAGAUCAAGCUGCAUUUUAUAUAUGAAGCCCCUAUUGUAAAGUUCUUCACCUCUUGCCAUUUGGUUAACUAUACUACAGAUCAAAUCCCACUGCUAGUGCUCAAAGAGAUCUUUGUUCACUGUAAGAGUUAGCAUUAAAAUGUGGGUAUUAUCCUUGUCCCCUGACAUUAGUUUUGUAAGAGAGGUCUAUUGAAUUUAUUGCAUAUGCGAUUGUAUUCUCAUCAAAGCAGUUUCCAAGUUAUUGCCUUGGGUGUUAUUCAAUAAAAAUGGUUACAACUCUCAUAAGGCUUUAAGUA